GGUGGCACGAUACAGUUACUUUGUCUUUCAUAAAUGCUGUAAAUUAUCUAUGAAAUAUUCGUCAACGAAACCGACGAACACCCCCGCUUUGCUCGGGAAUGGAACCAUCCGCGGUGCGCGUUCCUGCUGUUAGCCCCUCUUUGUCCGGUAGCGACAGUAGGGCCAUGAUAAUUAUGGCCAAAUUUGCGUUUUUGAAUGAAUUAUAAUUGAAUGGUGGAUCGUCAAGGCAUACACCGUGUGAGGACUGGUUUGCUGGAAAUGGAACACCAGAGAGUUUAAAUUUAACGGACAGCAGAGCAAGCGACGGAGAGAGAAAGGGUACAGUUUGUUUCUCAAAGACAGCCUGCAAAGAUGGCUAGGCUGUCUUCAGUCACAUGCUAACGCUAGCUGUGGGAACUGUUUUCCUACAACGGCAUCGUUUGCUUUAACGAAUACGUGCUGUGAUCUUUGCAGUGAAAAGCAGGAGUUUUAUUUUAGAAAAAUAAAUAGCACUUUCGUAUUUGUACACCAGCCUUACUGCUAUUUGCCGCUAGUGUGUCACGUUGAUAACGUGGCUAGCUAGUAAGCUUUAGCAGUAAGUAGCUUGCGCCAGAUAGCUUCACAUCUGUAAGUGAUCAUUAAAAAGUGGCUGCUUUGCAACCUACUUGCUCCAACAGAUGGGACAUGUAGCUAUUAAAAACUAAUAAAAAUAGGAAAUUAAAUAUGGUUUGCAAAAAGCAACUUAUUCUGAUGCAAUAACUAAGCACUGACAUUAAUUUGGUGACCAAAUCCCAGCGUGACAGAACCCGUGGCCGAAUAUUUGCAGCUGGAAAUAAGUUUGCAGACCUGGGUCAACGUUUGAAAAUACUAAUUCUGAACCUGAACCUUCUGCAGUCAUUGCUGUGAUUAUGAUGGUGACCACUCUAUGGUUGUUGUCAUGACUUGAAGGCACUUUUCCCACCUCUUUGGCUGAUAUUUAGCCUUCAAGACGUCAUUAUUUUGAACUUUUUUUCCUUGCAUAUGAAUGGUGAUGUGCCACUUCACCGACAGUCAUAUUAGCUAAUGGCAGCCGAAUCGGGGAGACUACUGGCGGGACCAGGAAAACGAAACAAAGCUUCACAGAUGAAGAGCCCGGAGAAGAAGAAGCCGAGGAAAUCAACCACUCAGGCUGCAGGGUUCUCUCACCUGACUGAGUUCGCUCCACCUCCAACCCCCAUGGUGGAUCACCUGGUGGCCUCAAAUCCUUUUGAUGAUGACUUUGGACCCCCGUGCCGGCCGAGUGGAGUUGGAGCACCAGGUGGCACUCCGUUCCUACCAAGCCCAGGUGCAGGUGGAGGAAGUGGGUAUGGCGUCCCAGGCAGAAUGGGCGGUGGCAUGGGCUACAUGGGAGGACCCGGAGGACCAGGUGGCGGUCGGUCCGGCAGGAGGCCACCAUUUGGCCCGCCUUCCAACGCUGGACCUCAUCAUCAGCUUGGUUUUGGAGGAAUGCCUGGCUUUGGAGGAGGCAGUGGAGGAGGAGGUGGUGGAGGAGGUGGUGGGGGAGGUUUUCCCCCUGGAGGCCCAUCCCAGUUCAAUAUGCCACCAAAUUUCAGCCCACCAAUGCUUCCUGGGCCAGGAUUUAACCCCAUGUUGUCGCCAGGGGGCAUGGGAGGUCCUGGAGGAGGCGGCCCACCCCAUCCGAGGUUUGGCAUGCCUCCACAGCAGCAGCAUGGACAAGGUGGACAUCCGUUUAACAGCCCACCAUUACCUGGUGGUGGAGGCCCUAGGGGACCCCCGCAUGGCCCCCUGCCUUCAAUGGGGGGAGGCAUGGGUCCUGGGAUGAACAUGAUGGGUGGCAUGGGUGGUGGCCCUGGAAGCAACAUGGUAGGAGGACUGCAAGGUAUGCCCCCUCAAGGACAGUUCCCGCCCUCACAAGAUGGUCCCUAUCCUGGCCUAAGUCCACCUGGGCCAGGCAGCGAGGAUGGAAAGAACUUUGGGGGACCUGGGGCGCCUCCUGGGCCUCAACAACAGCAACAGCAGCAGCAGCUUAACCUAAAUCCCAAUGGUCCCCCCCCUAAUAACACCACUCCUGGCCCACCCCCUAACUCUGGUCCACCACAACCUGGGGCUGGUUUCUCUGGCCAUCCUGAUGUCCAGCAGCCUAAUGCCAACACACCCGGUCAGCCUCCAUCAGCACCACCACAACCUAACCCCAACUCUUCUCCUACUGGUCCCCUGAAUGGAUCAGGCCAAUCGCAGCAUCCACCACCCAGUCAGCUUCAGCCUCCAAACAACACAAACACACCAAACUCUAACUCUAAUUCUACCCAGCAGCAGCAGCAGUCCACUCCACCUAACUCGGCCCCUGGCUCCACACCAUACAAUCAGCAGAACAACACUCCUGGUGCUGGUGGACCCAUGCCAAACACGACUCCAAACGCAGGUCAGAACAACAUGACCAACAACAACGGUGGUAACACUCCUGGCCCAAAUCCUUCCUCCAACUCCACCUCUACUCCGAACACCCAAUCUCCCCUUCCCACUGGUCCCCCUGCAACAUCAACAGGGCCUGGUACUGGUCCAGGGAAACUAGGGGGUCCAGGUAUGGUCUUCCCUUGCGGCCUCUGUAUGGCGGAGGUUCACGACGACCAGGAUGCCAUCCUGUGUGAGGCAUCGUGCCAACGCUGGUUCCACCGUGACUGCACAGGCCUGACAGAGCCAGCCUACGGGCUGCUGACACGGGAGAGUGCCGCCGUCUGGGCCUGUGAUUUCUGCAUCAAGACCAAGGAAAUCCAGGCUGUGUUUGUGCGCCAGGGAUUAGGCCAACUGGUGGCAGCUAAUGAGAGUUGAGGAUCGGGCUGCACAAGAGCAGUUGACACAAGUGCGCCACCUGACGAAUGAUAAAGACAUCUUUCUCUUCAUCUGUCCAAAUGACUUCUAUGACAUGAAAGCCUCUUGCCCUAUUUUUCUCCAGAAUAGCCCUUUACUAGUAAAGUACACACAGACACACUCAUCAACAUUCAUGCUUAUACAUAGCACUGAGUGACUCAUCAAACAAAACCCUGCCCCCUCCAUCUCACCCCUGACCCCAAAGGAGUCAAAUCAAAAUUGUUGAUGAAUGUGACAAACCCUCCAAACACCCUGCCUGCCAACCAGCAAAGCACUGACACCGACACACUUCUACCUCACACACUUUGACUGGCACGGAAGCAACCGCACUGAUUGGCAUUGACUGGGCACGCUCAUGUUCCUAGUCAAACAACACGAAAACUGGCUUUAGAAAAGGUUUCAUUAGUGGGAAGAGAACCUGUACUGGGUUAAACAUGGACUUGCAUAACUAAUUGAUUUAUUUUUUUUACUACAAACCAAAAAUUAAUCAGAAAUUGGUUUUUAAAAUCAACAGUUUUAUCAUAGGUAAACUGCAGGAAUUUUCAAAUUAGUGACUGUAAACACAGCCAGGUACGCACCGACCUGUCCAGAAGAGGGAGAUAUUCACAUAUUUUAAAUGCCCCAGUCUAUGAUUAAGGUCUGCUGGUACAACCACCAUUUUACUAAAAACUAAUCCUGUAACUAAGUGAAAACAUUUUCUACAGAAACAAGAAAUAUAUAUUGUUUCAGGGUGGGCAGUUCCCAGUUGGUCUCCAGACAUGUGUCCGCAACUGACACAUUUUAUUCUACAUUAUAUUCAUUUUUCUUUUUUCUUUAAAUCAAGGUGUUUUGGGUUUUUUUUUUGGCGAUAAUCAUUACUGAAAAAGUGGUUAAACUCACUUUCUCCCAGCCAUGUGCCUGCUUGCUAACACAGCGGCAACACUAAGAGUUUGAAUAAGGCUCCCUCUACUGGCUCCACUACAGUUGACAUUAUGACGUGCGUUCUUUUAUUUAUUUAUUUUUAUCUCUAGAAUUUGGGCUUUUUCCCUCUGCUAAAAUGUAGAGAACAGAACCAAAAUGGCUGCUUUAGCCUGGGUAUGCUGAGGGCCAGCUAUUGGUGCACACAUUUAAGCAUCCCUUCAGUGUAAAUCAUACAUUUUAAAAGAACAGUGUGAGUUCAUCCUGAACCUCAUAUUACCGGGUCACUCGUUGUUGGGAACAAAAGGUAUCACUGCAAUCAAUUUGGUUAAUUGUCCACAAGUGUUCAUUCUCACUCUGAAUUGUCCACCCACACAAAUUAACAUCCCACAUUUACCUGUAGACAUACAAGGAAAUGACUAAACUGUAAAAUUUAUAAAUCUACUGUUGGUGAAUGUUUUUUAAGGAUACACCUACAUACCCUCCUUGAUUUACUGAAGACCUGUCUCUGAAUUCUUCAUUCUUAUACUGCCAUGUCACGAAUCCUAGUUCAUCCUUUCAUUGCUUAUCCAGUCAUUCAAAACACGCGCACACACACACACACACACACACAGUGUCUCUGUUCUUCUGAUAACAGUUUUUUUUCUUGUUAUUGUCACAUCCAAAGGAGAGCUAAGCUAAGAUUUCCUCUACACCUCAUCCUGGAUGGUUUUCAAUUUUAAAAGUUGUAAAUAUCAGGACAAAAACACAUGCCAUGCUGCACAGUUGACCAAUGAUGAGAAUCAUGAAUCGAACCCAUGUGUCUUGGUUGUACAGAGUAGGCUUUUGGGGGGUUUUAUACAGUCCAACUGUUAUUGUUUUUACUCACAUGAAUUGUUAAAAACAUUAGUGCUUUUUGAAUGGUGUUGGCUUAGCAAGUAGUACCUUGAAAUCAUGUCAUAUCAGAUGUUCAUAGUCUUUCUUUCUUUUUUUAAUGAAAAAAGGAGUAAAAAUUUGGGGAGGGGCACAUGUGAAUAAAUGCAGUAAAUGUCUGAUCUGUUCAUGUUUUCAUUCUGGUCUCUGCUGCAGGAGUCCUUGAAGUAGACCAAAAUAAUCAAAGAAAGAUGGGGAAAAGAAUAUGUUUUUUCUGUCAAAGUAUAAUGUGUUUAUAAUGAUAUUCCCUCUUCUUUCCAUCCUUCAUUUACUUACUCCACCUCCGAUCUGCCCUUCUGUUUCUCUCUUACCUCCUCUAUGCUUUUCUCUUUUCUUUUUUUUUUCUUUUUAAAUUUUGUACUGGUAUUCGUGCUGUGCUUUUGCUCUGCUCUGGCGCCUCCUGGUGGAGCCCGGAGAUACCAUAGAAUCCCGCAUCGGGUGGGAAGGUACUGAACUCUGAAGUAAAGAGAAUUGUUUUGUACUGUUCGGUCUGGUUUUAUUUUCUCUCUCUCUCUCUUUCUCUCUCUUUGUGGUUAUUCAUUGUAUUAAAAUGUGAAAUGGAAGUAUAUCUCAAACA